CGCCCAACUGGUCAGAUGGAAUAUUGCAGUUAGACGAGUUAACAAUUUUUCUUUGAUACAACCCUAAAAUCAAUGCAAGAGGUCUAUUCUGUCUGCACUUUGUACAGUUGCUAGUCUUUCUAUUUUAUUCGAUUCUGCUGAACACUUGGAGGCGCAGUAAGCUAAAACUACAAAUCUUAUCAAUCAUAUACUGCCAUACUUGGUCUACGUGGCUGGCUUGUUUUGUGCAUUACAGCAACAUUGCACUUCUCCCCAAUAUUAGUCGUAUUCAUUUCAGUCGAGCAAAAACACAAUAUUACCUUGUGAGAACCAGAGGUGUCGCAACGUCACAUUACAACAUAUCAUAAUCAAAUAAAUAAGCGACAACUGCAAUACCGCCAAUAUGAGCAAUCCUAUUGAGCCGGACGAGAGUCCCCCAAUCAGCCCCAUGCCGUCUCCCCACAAUGGCUCAUUGCCUGACAUUCCUAGCUCAGGCAUUGAUGGAGGGUUUACAAGCGACGAACACGAGGGACAGUACGCUGACGAGGCCGAGAAUUUCAUGGAGGAGAUGGAAGAGGAGGAGAAUGUCCAGGUGUCUGAUGAAGGCGAGGGUGAGAAUCUCAUCAACGACGAUAUGAUGCGGGACUACCGGGAAAGUCGUGAAAAUGAUCAGUACGACAGAGAGAUGAUUGACGACGAUGAGCAAUCGGAGAUGUCCCUUGGCGAACGUCGUCGUUUAGAAGAAGAGAUGCGAAAGCGUGAUCGACAGGGACGACGCCCUGCCGCUCUGGACGACGACUCUGACGAGGAUGAAGGCAGGAGGCGCCGUCGCCGUCGUGUUGCAGAUUUUGGUGCGGAUGAGUUUGGAAUGGAUAUGGAUGAAGAAAGAGAGGCAGUCGUCAAUCUAGAGGACCGAGGUGGCAAACCAUUGCGCGAGUUUCUAACACUCGAUCCUGUGCAGAAAGAAAUAUCUCGGUUGUUUAGAAUUUUCCUUAAUCAAUACAAAGAGAAGGAAGGCAGGCCCCCUGUGUAUAAAGAGGUGAUCAACCACAUGUGUACACACAAUAAAACCAGCUUGGAGGUAGAUUACAAACACAUUUGCUUAUGGCCCGACACUGCCAUCUGUGCCAUCUACUUGGCAGAUUGUCCCAUGGAAAUGCUUAAGAUCUUCGACUCUGUUGCUUUAGAAGUGGUCUUGCGUGGAUUUCCGGAUUACGGAUCAAUCCACGAGGGAAUACAUGUACGAAUUGGAGGUCUACCAGUCGAUGAACCUAUUAGAGAUCUCCGCCACAAUCACUUAAACGCGUUUCUCAAAACAACCGGAGUGGUCACUAGACGCACAGGAAUUCUACCACAGUUGACUAUGGUGAAGUUUGACUGCGCGAAAUGUAAAUCAAUUCUGGGACCGUACACAAUGGAUUUCGAGACGAAGAAGGACUUUAAAGUUGGUUCGUGCCCGGAGUGUCAAAGUAAGGGACCUUUCCCAGUCAAUACAGAGGAGACGGUAUACCGCAAUUAUCAAAGAAUCACACUCCAGGAAUCGCCUGGAUCUGUUCCCCCUGGGCGAUUACCCCGCCGAAAAAUUGUGAUUCUAACCUACGAUUUAGUUGACUCGUGCAAACCAGGAGAUGAGGUUUCAAUUACUGGGGUGUAUCGCAACCAGUACGAUGCGCAUUCCAACAGGAAAAAUGGCUUCCCAGUAUUUACAACUGUCAUAGAAGCAAAUCAUGUGCUCAAAGCAGAAUUGGGGAUGCAGGGAUUGACGGACGAUGAUGUAGAGAAGUGUAAGAAACUUUCCAAGGAUCCUAGGAUUGCCGAGAAGAUAUUUAACAGUAUUGCUCCUUCAAUUUAUGGCCAUAAAGAUAUCAAAACGGCGCUUGCUCUUGCUAUGUUCGGAGGUGAGGCGAAGGAGAAUCCCAAUAAAAAGCACAGGGUUCGAGGUGAUAUCAAUAUUCUUAUCCUUGGGGAUCCCGGAUGUGCAAAGUCACAAUUUUUAAAAUAUAUUGAAAAAACGGCGCCAAGAGUUGUAUACACAACUGGUCAAGGUGCAUCUGCAGUCGGUUUGACGGCGUCUGUACAUAAGGAUGCAGUGACUCGAGAAUGGACACUGGAAGGCGGUGCCCUGGUACUUGCUGAUAAAGGAAUGUGCUUGAUUGACGAGUUCGACAAGAUGAAUGAUCAGGAUAGAACAUCAAUUCACGAAGCUAUGGAACAACAAAGCAUCUCCAUAUCGAAGGCUGGAAUAGUAACUCAGCUGCAAGCACGCUGUAGUGUGGUAGCUGCUGCAAACCCGCGCACAAGCACGUACGAUCAGACUCGAACCUUCAGCCAGAAUGUUGAUCUAACAGAGCCUAUCUUGUCUCGAUUCGACAUCCUGUGUGUCGUCGUGGAUAAAAUCGAAAGGGAAAACGACAUUCGCCUAGCAAAAUUUGUCACGCGGAGUCACGUGAUAAAUCACCCCGCCAACAGAAGUCAAAUGGAAGAAUUGGCUAAGGAUAAGACUGAAAAUGAAAUCAACGAAGACAAAGUGCCGCAGGACCUCCUAAAAAAAUACGUACGUUACGCAAAAGCAAACGUUAGACCGAAGCUGCAAAACGUUGACGUUGAUAAAAUAACCAGCGUUUACGCAGAACUGAGAAGAGAAGCUAUGAUUCACAAUAGCAUUCCUAUCACCGUCAGACACCUUGAAUCAAUGCUGCGAAUGUCUGAAGCACAUGCCAGGAUGCACUUACGAGAAUAUGUGCAUGAAGAAGAUGUCAAUUUGGCAAUUCGGUGUAUGUUGGACUCUUUUAUCUCCACGCAGAAGCAUAGCGUCGUCGAGCCACUGCGCCGGUCAUUGACGAAAUACUUAACAUUUAAGAGGGAUUACAACGAUCUACUCAUUCACACCCUUAACGAUGUUUGGAGGGAGCAGGCAAAUUAUGUUUUUGCACGAAGGGGAGAAAUGCCAACUGUUGUCGAGAUCGACAUAGAGGACUUCGAAGUUCAGGCUCGCAAGCUCAAUGUGCAAGACCUUUCCGAGUUCUAUACCUGCAAAGCCUUCUCGGAAGCUGGUUUCACACUCAACUUCGAGGAAAGACUGAUAUUGAAAAAUACAGCCUAGUUAAUUGCAAUAAUAUACAGUGAACGAAAUUUGUUGAGCGAUUUCUAUCACACCCUACGCCGAAACAUACGCACGCGUCAGCCAGUGAGCAAAACUUUACUCGGCGACCAUGCCCAACAAGGAGACACCACGGCUGAGUACACAAAACUUUUUGGGUUAUUUCUCACCCAACAUUCGCAGACUUCAUAUUUGAGAAGUCAAGUACGUAGUUUUCCCAUAUCAAAUAUAACGGAAAUUUACACGAGCAAAACCGAUACACAGUCAGAAAAAGACUUUCCGGGCAUUGAUGUAGCGCAUUGAUGGAGAGCUAUAACUUCAUUCAGAAAGAAAAAUUGCGUCCAAAUUGCUUGAUCCAGACUUAUUUUGUAAACAGAGCAAUAACCUAUACUCUUUCAAGGGAUCGCAUCAAUUUCAGUGUACUCUCCCAAAAGAUAGAUGAAACAAAUAAAAAUAACAUAUAUAUGAUGGAGGCAACCCUCACUUUUCAACUCGCC